AUGAAAUUUUUCAUGGCUAUCUUUGCUUUUCAGUUGACUUCUGAAGCGUGUGCUUCUUCAACUAGAGCUCAGCAGCUCCUUGAUUCUCUUACUCCAAUGGAAAUGAGUCAGCUUCAAGAUGACAUGCAAAACUUCAACGACGACGCUUUCCUGAGCGACUUGAAAAUGAUGCUCUCCGAUCCGUUGGUCGAGAACAUGCGAAUUCUCAAAAAGCGCGGAAUGCGACUGCUCUAA